AUGUCUCCACAUCAAAGACACUGGCUCACGCUGCCAUGGCUGCUGCUAGCAGCCUGGACUCAGCCCUGUCAUAGCUCCGCUCUCUACGCCUACGCUACCGACCGAACCACCCAAGUCGGAAUUCAGGAUGUUUCUACUGGCAAGAUCUACUACAGCAACUGCAAUAGCGAAGAUACACCUAUUUUCCCUCUCGACAAGCCGAAUGUUCUCGAUACCGAAAAUAAACCACGAAAUGGUACUGCGCUGGCGGCAGUCGGCUGGUGGGAUACGCAAAAGAUUAUUGCAUCUAUUUUCUGGCAGGCAGAGGACAGUGUUAUCGUCAACGGAUACUACGAGUGUGAUAUGGAUACGGGAAAGCUGAAUAAGGUCGGCGAGUACACCAUCUCGUUGACUGCCGAGGUGGACUCUGUCCACGCCGAAUCGGGUCUUGCUGUUGACCUGCUCGGAGGUGGCGAAGAUGACGGAUAUCGCGUGUUCUACCACAACGCCGACAAGCAAAUUAUGAUGAUGUCGUAUACCGACAACACCAAUUGGAUUGAUGGAGGCAUCGUGUCGCAGGAUACCGCAGAGGGGAUCGCUAUCGGCACUGUCUGGUAUGAUGAGAAGAACUCGAAGAACAUGACGGUCGCUUUCCCCAAGGGCUCAGACAACAUCGAGACAAGUCGCUUGCACAGUACUGGAAAGUGGAAACUAGCUGCUUUCCCACAAGAGCUAGCAAGCAAUUACACAAACGCCACGGUCCCGACCAAGAUCCGCAUGAGUUCCGAGACCGCCGAUUUUUCUCUUCCAGGAUGGAACGCCUCAAUUGAAGCAAUUGGCAUGGCCACCGAUCGAUCAAAGACCCGAAGUCUCUUCUACCUCGGCGAAGACAACGUACUCCGCGAAGCCAUCGCUAUACAAAACAACUGGCAGAUGGCGCCCAACCGAUCCGAGAGCAUCUGGCCUCUUUCAGAUGACCCCAGUGCUGGUCUGGCAGUAACAUACCAACAAAGCAGAGGCAUGACGUGGAUCUACUACUGGUCCAAUGGAACAAUUAUCCAGGCACACAAGAACAUCACCAAUGAAUGGGAAGACUUCACGGUGCUGCCGCAGACGGUCCCCAAGAACGAGACUGAAUCGGGCAACAAGGACGACGCAGCAAAGGAGGAUGAUACCGCUACCGAGUCUACAGGUCUGACCACGGGUGCCAAGGCUGGUCUCGGUGUUGGAGUCGCUGCUGGUGUGAUUGCUGUCGGUGCUCUGGUCUGGUUCUUUAUGAAGCGUCGCAACAAGCAUACUGCUGUUCCCCAAAAGGAGGAGAACACUGUCCCUGAAGCAGCCGGUACUCCUAUCACGUCGCCUCCUCCAAUGUAUGAGAAGGACACUUACAGGGUGGGUGACGCAACGUCACCGUCGGAGUUGAACGGCCACGGUCAACCCGCCGAGUUGGAUAACCCUUCAGUCGUUUACGAGAUGCCUGGAGACCACACACGAUAG